GACAUGCGCAGUUUGGCGCGAGAGAACCGUGAGACCCGUCGUCUCACGCGGACGUGUUUCUGCGUACGUGUUUACCUGGCUAACGUCGCCAUGACAUCCCCUACAAGUGUGGUCGGUGAUUUCUAUUGGAGAGGCAGUUUCUGCCUGUCUUCAUACUGUACUGUCUAUGACUGUAAUGUUGCUCUGAAAUUCAACAGCGGAACCCAUGCAUUGAGGAAAUUGGUCCAUCAACGGGCAGUAAAUACAGUGACACCGUGUCACAACGUGCUCAUGAAAAUCAGAUACCGUCUAUUUUGUCAGGUGAGUAAACUGGGUGUAGUUCCAGGAAGUUGCCAUGGAGAGUCUGGGGGAGAAGUUCAAAACUCUGUCAAUCACUCGGCGUGUCCAGCCAGAUGAGCCCACCUACCUUCUGGACCUGUCCCACCAGCCUGUCUCGGGCCCAGGGUUGGUGGCCGUAUGCUGCUCCAACCUCUCCAUCCGUUUGCACAGUGAGCACAGCCUCAGCCUGCUCAGGGAGUACCAGGGACAUAGUGGUGCAAUCUGUGGGGUGUGCUUUGCCCACACCUCCCCUGACCUGCUCUUCUCAGGCUCUGCUGAUGGGACAGUGAGGACGUGGGAUGUCCGCUGCCCUGGUUCAGAGGCAGCACAGGUGUUCAGGAGUGACUCAUCCCACCACUUCUGCAGCUUUGAUGUGAGCUGCAGCGAUGUGGUCCUAUGUGCAGGUACUGAGCAGGUCGAUGAAGAUGAUAGCUUCUUGGUUUUCUGGGAUGCCCGCAUGGCAAAGGAGAAGGGAGGGGUUCUGGGUGUGUACUCUGAGUCCCACAGUGAUGACAUCACGCAGGUGCGUUUCCACCCCCGGAAUGCCGACCACUUGGCGUCUGGCUCCACUGAUGGCCUGGUGAAUGUGUUUGACCUGAGCCUUGGUGCAGAGGAGGAGGCCCUGCUGGCCACCUGUAACUGUGGCUCCUCUGCUAGCUCAGUGUGCUGGGCAGGGAAGGACUUCAACCAGCUGCUGUGCCUCAGCCACGACGAGGGCCUCCAUCUGUGGGACCUGGGUCAGUUGGACACAGACAAGCCCCUCACACUCUUCAGUGCCGCUGACGCCCGCAGCCUGACCCCUCUCUCUAAUGAAGUGGCCCUGGAUUACUUUGUUGGCGGGACUUGGCUGGAGGAGGCAGGGCGCUUACUAGUGCUAGGUGGGACAAACAAUGGAGACAUCCACCUUCUGGAGUGCAGUGAGGAAGGCCUGUGUCUGCUGAGGUCCCUCCAAGGGGGCCACUCUUCCACAGUGCGCUGCUUCCUCUGGGAUCCCGCAGGGGAGGCCCUGCUCACGGGAGGGGAGGAUGCACAGCUGCUCUUGUGGAAGCCAGGGGCGGAGGAAUUCACCUCAGGGAAGAGGGACACCCUGAAGAGUGCCUCUGCAUUAAAACUCAAAUCUAGAUCACACAAGAAGCAUGGCUCCAAGAGGGAUAAGAAGCUAGAACUGUGAGUCGGAUGCAAUAGAGGGUUCUCAAAGAAUGGCAAGACUGCAGUCCCUAUUUAAUCAAUCAAUAUUCCUCUUGCACUCACAGAGUACUCAUUUGGAUUCAUGAAAUCAACACAAUUAUAUUUUUUCUUUCUUGAAAGUAGUAUUAUACUUAUCCCAGAAACUGAUGAAUAAUCUCUGUAACCGCUAGGGCUUAAAAUGAGAUUGAAUCGCGGGAAUUUGUUUUUCAAAUGUUUCUCCCAACUUGUUUGGUAUUAUGUUUAGCUAUAACCAAUUGGUAUUUCUUUAGAAAUAUAAUUCUAAUUGUAUCGAGUUGAUCUAAUGCAUGCUCUCCUGUAAUUUAACUAACAUACUCAGUGGGUCACAAAGGCCAGGGUUCAGAACCAGAGCAUGCAGUACUUCAUCAUACUCAUCAUACUUAUUCAGAGGAGCAGCUUUAAUUCCACUCAAAUGGCACAGAGUGGAAUAACAUGACAGUUGCUAUGCAGGGACUCUGCUGCAUAUGUCAACCUGGUCUAAGAGCAUUUCGCAUAAUUCUGUAUGUAAAUCUAAGACACCCUUUACUACGAUAUGCUAAGUUUUUGUAUGAUAUGUAUUCAUUUGUGCAUGUCCAUCACCCAUUUUGUAUGAUAUGUUACGAAUAUGCUGAACGUACAAUAUUUUACAAAUUUGCAAAACAAAUGCUAUGUUACAAAUUCUAGCUAGGUGUUUAACAGAAACUAGCUGGCUAAUGUUCGCAAGGCCAGGGGUUAAGGUUCAAAAUCAAAUCUAAUUUUAUUUGUCACGUGCUGAAUAGAACAGGUGUAGGCCUUACAGUGAAAUGCUUACUUAUAAGCCCUUAACCAACAAUGCAGUUGUUUAAAAAUACCAAAAUAAAUAAAAUACCAAAAUAAAUAAAAGUAACAAAUAGGUUAACAAUUAGGUUGACCCCCUAAGGUCGAUGUCUGUGCCCCACGGAAAUCAAAUUAGCAUAAUGAACAACCCCCCCCCCCCCCCCCAAAAAAAAUCUGUCAGUUUCAGCUAGAGAACGCAUCUGCUUAUGUCGCACUACCGCAUCUGCUGUGACAGAGCUAGAGCGGUGUUUAUCAGACCAUGAGACAUCCUGAAAAUCGUCUGUAGGGUCUGAAAGGUUUGGCCUACAUACUAUUAUGACCCCUCCAUGGAAAGAUAAGACUCUCACAAACACGUACAUUGUUUUGCUCUAGGACGCAUUGUUUGCCCACAGGCCUCACAAGACUCGUCAGAAGGUCCCCCGGUACAAGUUGAAAAAAUUAAUGGAGACUGUUUUAGUGCCAAACAAUAGGGGGUUCAAUACAUGUUAAAAGAAAAAAUUCCUGAUCUUUUUUUUUAUACUGUACUUCUCAGAUAUAGGACAGAAACUUCAGAACAAAAUUCCUUUAGAAUUUUUUUUUGGGGGGGCGCGCGCGCUUACUGUUCAAUGUAGUGAAUCUGUUAUUCUAUGUGUUUUGUAUGGGCAAAUAGCAGUAAGGCCAAAUAAACCAUUUUAUAUACAAUAUCGUUCAAAAGUUUGUCACUUAGAAAUGUAUUUGUUUUAAAGAAAAAAACUUUUUUUUUUACAAUUAACAUCAAAUUGAUCAGAAAUACAGUGUAGACAUUAAUGUUGUAAAUGACUAUUGUAGCUGGAAACGGCAGAUAUAAAAAUGGAAUAUCUACGUAGGCGUACAGAGGCCCAUUUAUCAGCAACCAUCACUCAUGUGUUCCAGUGGCACGUUGUGUUCGCUAAUCCAAGUUUAUCAUUUUAAAAGGCUAAUUGAUCAUUAGAAAGCCCUUUUGCAAUUAUGUUAGCACAGCUGAAAACGGUUCUGAUUUAAAACACCAGUCUCAAAGUCAACAGUGAAGAGGUGACUCCGGGAUGCUGGCCUUCUAGGCAGAGUUCCUCUGUCCAGUCUUUGUUCUUUUGCCCAUCUUAAUAUUUCAUUUUUUUUGCCAGUCUGAGAUAUGGAUUUUUCUUUGCAACUCUGACUAGAAGGCCAGCAUCCCGGAGUCAUCUCUUCACUGUUGACGUUGAUACUGGAGUUUGGCAAGUACUAUUUAAUGAAGCUGCCAGUCGACUUGUUAGACAUCUGUUUCUCACACUAGACAGUCUAAUGUACUUGACCUCUUGCUCAGUUGUGCACCAGUGCCUCCCACUAUUUAUAUUCUGGUUAGAGCCAAUUUGUGCUGUUCUGUGAAGGGAGUAGUACACAGCGUUGUAGGAGAUCUUCAGUUUGUUGGCAUUUCUUGCAUUGAAUAGCCUUCAUUUCUCAGAUCAAGAAUAAACUGACAAGUUUCAGAAGAAAGUUCUUUGUUUCUGGCCAUUUUGAGCCUGUAAUCGAACCCAUAAAUGCUGAUGCUCCAGAUAGCUACUCAACUAGUCUAAAGGCCAGUUGUAUUGGUUCUAUAAUCAGUACAACAGUUUUCAGCUGUGCUAACAUAAUUGCAAAAGUUUUUUUUAAUGAUCAAUUAGCCUUUAAAAUUAUAAACUUGGAUUAGCUAACACAACGUGCCAUUGGAACACAGGAGUGAGGGUUUCUGAUAAUGGGCCUCUGUUUGCGUAUGUAGAUAUUCCAUAAAACAAUCAGCCAUUUCUACCUACAAUAGUCAUUUACAACAUUAACAAUGUCUACACUGUAUUUCCGAUCAAUUUUAUGUUAUUUUAAUGGACUACAAAAUGUGCGUUUCUUUCAAAAAGGGCUUUCUAAGUGACCCCAAACUUUUGAAUGGUAGUGUAUAUUUGUUUUACAAAUAUUUUCUUGAUGCUUCAAGGGAUCUUAACCCUAAAAUAGCUAAAUUAUCUCUGGUAUGACCUUCUUAAAUCAAUUCCAUAAUGCUUAGUAGAACCCCUUUCCCUGGCUUAGACUGUUUAGUGUGAAAAACAAGGGGUUAAAUACAUGUACAUAAAAAGAUACAUGUAAAAAUACAUGUACAUAUAAAGGAAAGACACUUCAGAACACGCUUAAUUUAGAUUUUUUUUUUUUUUUUGGAGGGGGGGGGGACUGUUUUUCCAUGUAGUGAAUCUGUUUGUAUGGUCUAAUAGCAGUAAGGCUGAAUAAAGCAUGUUCAUCAAAUAUA